AUGGCCUCAGCUCUCACGCCCCCAGGCCGGGUGCCAGCAGGAUCCCAGGCACCACAGCAAGAUCCAGCUGGCGUGCACUGGGCCCCAGCAGAGAUCCGGCAUCUGCUCGCCAUCAUGGAGGAGCCCGCUAUCAAGAGGCGCCUGAAAACGGUUCGUCGCAACACUUCAGUCUAUGAGGAUGUGGCAAGGCGUCUUCAAGAGCAUGGGUAUGUCCGGCAUCCACACCAGUGCCGUACCAAGUUCAAGGCCCUCAAAGUGGCCUACAAGAAAGCCCACAUGGCUGUCCUACACUCUGGGGCAGCUCCUCAGGGCUGCCCCUUUUAUGAAGAGAUGGGUCGGGUGCUACAGACCAAGGGUAGCACCAGCCCAGACAACUUCAGGGAGCAGACCCAGCCAGGGGAUCUUGACCACCACAACUGGCCAACCCAAAGAAGGGAGCUGGAAGAUAGGCCAGAAGGACACUCUCUACAGCAGCUGCAGCAGGACGGGUCAGAACUAGAGAUGGAGAUGGAGACAGAGCAUCAGUUUAAGCUGGAAGUGGAAGUGUUAGAGCUGCCCAGUGACCUCAGUCCUGAAAGUCUGACUGGUACUCAGGCCGAAAAGACAACUGAGACCGAGAUUAGCCCUGCUGCCCAAGGUACUGGAGCAGAAGUCCAGAGGAGGCCAGAGUCUCUAGACAGAAACCAGCCUCAGAAAGAGACCCCGUCAUCAGCCCCAAGAGUUCUAGGUGUGUCUACAGUGCCCCCUAGAGCACGGGUGGGCCGAGUACGCCGACCCCAGCCCAGAGCCCGAAACCGGAGGUGCUACCAGCCAGCUACUGCCAUGAUUGCCUCUGAGAUGGCAGAGAACCGGCGCCUGGCCAGUGAACUGGCCCGGGAAUCAGCUGCCCAGCUGCAGCGCUUCCUAGACCAGCACAAUGCCCACAUGGCAGCCCUGGUCCAGGUGGCCCGAGACAGUUACGCCCAACGCCAGGAAGUGGUGGCUAUUCUUCAGGACGUUGCUGAUGAUAUCCAUGAGGGGGUGGCCCUCCUAAGGUCAUCUGUAGGCCGCUUGAGCCAGGAAUGA